AUGUCAUCAUUCAGUGAAGAUUCGUUGACUGAUAUGCUACCUCUUUAUUAUAAGCGUUUGUUUCCGUUUGAACCAUAUUUCAGAUGGCUGAAUUAUGGGAAUGAGAAAGGAUAUUUUGUUAGGCGUGAAUUUUCCUUUACCCUUGUGAAUGACAUUUAUAUCCGCUUCAAAUCUUUUAAUGAUCUAGAGGAGUUGGAGAAAGACAUAUAUAAAGAAAGACCCGUAAAAAUUGAUAUUGGUGCUGUUUAUAAUUUGAGUCCGAGGGAAAAGAACCAUCCCAACUUUUCCCCUUCAGAAAAAGAAUUAGUUUUUGACAUUGACAUGACUGAUUAUGAUGAUAUCCGUACGUGUUGUAGUGGAGCAGACAUUUGUGACAAAUGUUGGAAGUUCAUGGUUGUUGCAUGCAAGGUUUUAGAUGCAGCACUGAGAGAAGAUUUUGGAUUUGAACACCUUCUGUGGGUGUUUUCAGGUCGUCGUGGUAUUCAUUGCUGGGUUUGUGAUGCUGUAGCACGAUCACUGCCAGACAAAGCUAGAGGAGCAGUAGCUGAAUACUUGCAGGUAGUGACUGGUGGAGUGAAUAUGACUAAGAAAGUUAAUAUUUUUGGUGAUCAAGUGCAUCAUUCAAUUCAACGUGCAAUAAAUAUUACAAAGAAGUACUUUGUUAACAUGUGUAUUGAAGAACAGGAUGUUUUGGGGACAUCAAAAGGAGUGACACAAUUUCUAGGUGCUGUUGCUGAUGAUCACUUACGAGAUGAAUUGCAGAAAGAGCUGAUGAAGCAUACUACAUCUCUUGAUCGGUGGAAUGCGUUUUUAGCACAUGUUACAGGGUUAAAAGAGAAAGGUAUGUUAAAAAAGAGAAAUCAAAAUCUUGUUGAUGAAAUAAUGCUUCAAUAUACAUAUCCUCGUUUAGAUAUUAAUGUAUCAAAAGGUCUUAAUCACUUGUUAAAAUCUCCAUUUUGUGUGCAUCCUAAAACUGGAAAGAUUUGUGUGCCUUUCAAUCCAAAAUUAGUUGAAAAGUUUAGUCCUCUAACAGUGCCAGUUUUGAGUCAGUUAAUUGAAGAAAUUAAUGAACAUGAUUCCAAGAACAAUGAUGUUAAAAGUGUUAAAGAUUACAAAAAAACUAGUAUAUACAAAAGCGUAGUUAUUUUUGAAACAUUUGUGCGAGGUUUAGAGGAGACAUUUAAAAAACGUCCAGUUUCAAAUUCUAUGGAGUUCUGA